CGUCACUACAUGUCAAAAACGUGGUCAGAGAACGCAUAGAAAAGAAAAAAAGCUAUGGAUGUGAAUCAGUUCACCUGUGAAGAAGAUGGAGAAAUCGCGGUUUGACCAUAAUGCAGGGCAAUCUCUUUCACGCACGCCGUCGUCGCGACAUUGGUGGCCGGAUAUCUUUUCUUCGUCUCGGACCUGUUUAGAGAAGAGGUGGCGUAUGGACCUGUUGUGUUCCGGAGCACCAUCUUCACCCAGUUCUUCCUCGGGGUUCGGUACUUUAUGUUGGAAAAAUCUUCCAUCGAUCAUACUGUUCUUCCAGGUCUCAAAUGGAUACUUUAUCACGGACAUGGCGAUGUUGCUGAAAUAUUAUCCGAACCUGGGAGAGAUUGAGUUUGUUGUUCAUCACGCUGUCUCCAUUAUCUCGCUCUUCCUGGCAGUGCAUAGCGGAUAUGCACACAUAUAUCUAUACACGGUACUCCUGUCCGAGAGCACGACGCCUUUUAUAAACAUUCGAUGGUACCUGGCAGCGGCGGACAUGAAGAAAACUCGAGCUUAUACAAUCAAUGGCAUUGCACUCUUCGUGAGUUGGCUGAUCGCUCGAAUUGUCCUCUUUGUUUACCUCUUUGCUCACAUGUACUGGCACUAUGACGAGGUAUUUCGUGUUGCUUCGAAAUUCCUGCAUUGAAAGCUCGAACUUCCUUGCAG